AUGUUACGUUUUAUAACUCUGGCGUGCCUUGUAUUCGUUACUCUGGCAGCAGCCAGUGAUGUUAUUGAAUUAAAGACAAGCAAUUUUAACUCUGUGAUUGCUCAACAAGAUAUCACUCUGGUCGAAUUUUAUGCUCCAUGGUGCGGCCAUUGUAAGAAUCUUGCUCCUCAGUAUGAAAGUGCUGCUACAGAAUUAAAGAGGAAUGAUCCUCCGGUACCUUUGGCUAAGGUUGAUUGUACCGCUGAAAGUGAUCUAUGUGGCAAAUAUGGAGUUAGCGGGUAUCCAACUUUGAAAAUCUUUCGCAAUGGAGCCCUAUCAGCCGAUUAUAACGGCCCAAGAGAAGCAAAGGGAAUUAUUUCAUAUAUGCAAAAGCAGGCAGGACCCAGCUCCAAAUGUUUUUUCGCUCAAGAAGAUGAUCUUUCCAAGGCUUUCUUAAAGUCUGCAAAUAGUAUGCGUGAUACCCAUCGUUUUGCACAUACUUCGGAAACUGAAUUGAUGGAUAAAUACGGCUACAGAAGCGCUGUAGUUCUCUUCCGUUCUCCAUUGUUAAAGUCUAAAUUUGAAGAACAAAGGGUGAAAUACAGUGGAGCAGCGAGUGUUGAUGAUUUGAAAGAUUUUUAUCGAAAGAAUAGCUUAGGGUUAGCUGGGGUAAUGACUGACAAUAAUAAAGACCAAUUUGAAAAGCCCCUUGUUAUCGCAUUCUAUGACGUAGAUUACGUAAAAAAUCCUAAAGGUACAAAUUACUACAGAAAUAGGAUCAUGAAAAUUGCUAAAGAAAUGUCCGCAGGGGGAGUUAAGCUAAACUAUGCUAUUGCCAAUAAGGAUGAAUUUCCGCAAGAUAUCGAACAAUUCGGUGCUUCCUCAAGUGAUGAUAUGGUAAUUGGUGUUAGAGACGAAAGUGGAAAAAAGUUUGCUAUGUCAGAUUCAUUCUCCAUGGAAAACUUUAAGGAAUUUUUAACAAAAUAUUCAAAUGGCGAAUUGAAACCAUACUUAAAAUCAGAGCCAGUACCUGCUUCCAAUGACGGCCCAGUUAAGGUAGUGGUGGCGUCAAACUUUGAUGAAAUUGUUAACGACCCAAACAAAGAUGUUUUGAUUGAAUUUUACGCUCCUUGGUGUGGUCACUGCAAAACUCUUGCACCAAAAUACGAAGAACUUGGCAAAAAGCUUUCUGGAAACGAUCAUAUCGUAAUUGCUAAAAUGGAUGCUACUGCUAAUGAUGUUCCAUCAUCGUACGAUGUCCAGGGAUUUCCAACUAUUUACUGGGCUCCAGCCAAUAAUAAAAAAUCUCCCGCUCGUUAUGAGGGUGGACGUGAAGUUUCCGAUUUCGUUGACUACAUUAAGCAACGAUCUACAUCUACUGUGAAGCUUGGCAAGAAAAAGAAGAAGUCAGAAUUAUAA